GCCCUGUGAAGGUGAGGGGCGUGUCCCGCAGAGGCGUGGCCGUCUGCCGGGAUAUCGACAAGCAGCAACGCGGGCACAACCGGAGCUGUUUGGAUUCACUGUGAGAGCGAUUGGACACCAGUCAAGUCCGAGCAUGAAAGCUUUAACGUGUCCAGAGUCUCACAGGCCGAGGAGUAUGAGGAGGGUCCCUAAACCUGUGAUGGAGAAACGAAGACGGGAGCGGAUCAAUCAAAGUCUGGAGACAUUGCGACUCCUGAUGCUGGACAACACACAGGACGAGAAACUGAAAAAUCCAAAGGUGGAGAAGGCAGAGAUCUUGGAGAGUGUCGUGAAUUUCCUGAAGAUGGAGAAAGAUCACCGUUCCACGUCCGGGGAGCAGAAACCCAAAUCUACCCACCAGCACAGCUUCCAAAACGGCAUGAGGUCCUGCCUGCUGAGGGUCAGCCGCUUCAUAGCCAGCAAGAGCCAGGAGUUGGAGGGCACCGAGGAGGUCGCGAAUCCGGCUUCUCUCCCGCUUCCCGAUCCCGAGACACACACAUCCUCAUCUGGAAACAUCCACAUGGCGCAGGCCACUUCGUCUCUCCAGAGUCUGGACCAGCAACACUGCCAGCGUACUGGCCUCCACUGUACUGGCCUCCACUGUGACACCAGGGAGCUGCUCUCCCCCGUGGCCGCCUUUACGCACAUAAGCGAUCCUGUGUGGAGACCCUGGCCUCAGUGACAUUGUAUUUUAGAAAUAUACGCCUACAGACUGUAUUCAAUUGUACAGCCCGCAUGAAAUAUUUUCCAUGAAAACUCAAUAUUUCUCCACCUCCGUGUGGUGUUUUUUCUUUAGGAUUUGCUGUUUUGCACAAGUAUAAUCUUUUUUUCUUCCUUUUUGGCUAUUUUUACGUUACCUUUUUUAUGCGGUGGUGUCCACUGGAUGUUUUUUUUUGCUGUAACAAGAAUACAGACGCGUGCGUAAAAUGCGCACACGAAUCUCAUUCUAUACGAAACUGUGAACUGAAUUCUAUUUCUUCUGUUUCUAUUUCGAAUAAAAAGCACAACUUGAUCACUGGA